AUCCCGGCUGACUGUACGGGCGGUUAGCGCACAGUUGCAUCACGUGAUAACGUUUCACUGCCUAACACGAUGAGAAGAGUAGCUUCUGAAGGCUAAAUCAUUUCUGACGACAACUGGUAGGAAAGGGAUGACUACUAAAGUGUCUGAUCAAUCACACUUUCAUCACAAAAUAUUAUUGAACACUCAACACUGCUGGAAAUGGCAGACUUUUCAGAGGACGAUCACGUCGUUAUUCUAAAAUAUCCGUUGAAUGACUCACUUGAUCGAUUACAAAAGCUUCUUCAGGAGGCAGAGCAUCAUUACAACCAUGUCACUAUGGAAAGCAGUGAAGCCUGCCAUGAUGCAGUAUCAAAACUCCUCACCACAUUGAUGGGUGAAAAGUCAGCUUUCCACCUGCGUUCGCCAGCGAGCGAUAAAAAUGUGGCAUCAGAGCUAUCAAGAUUGUUCACCUACCUUCAGAAUGAUGACUUCAAUUACGAACACUACCGCGCACUUAUCCGACUUGUUAUUGAAAAGGCGACCGAUGUGGACAUCUGGAAGGCCGUCCUCGACCUCAUUGUUACCUCGCGAUCGACCCCACCGACGACCAUCCCCCCCUCCUUUGACGGCACCCCAGUCAAAUCCACCUCAUCAUCGCAAAAAGGCUCUGAGCAGACACGUGAGUUGGUGAAUCUGAGAAUCUUUGAGGAGAUACGUGGCUGCACAUUUCGAGGCAUUGAGGGCUUCUUUGACAAGUACUUUGAGGGGAAAGACUGGAGCAGCAAAGCAGAUGCCAUCUGUCAACGCGUGCUGGCCCCAGACAGUGAUGGUAAUUGGGCUCAGUUUCCUGAUCCUCCGACACAGAACAAUGUCCUUACCUGGUGGUUUCGUCUUCAAGAAGACCUUCUCUUGGAAUCACGCGGCAUCUACUACACCACAGCAAGCAAAGCAGAUCUUAUUGGUUCAAAGGCAGAGCGGCAAGUUGACCUUCUUUUGAGAGCUAGAAGCACAAGCCUCUCACAAGGCAAACACAACUGGAGAGACAUCCUGGUAGUUGGUGAGCUCAAAAAAUCCAAGGAGGAGAUCAGGACCAAAGACACCCUGCUGCAGAUGAGCUGCUAUGUGCGUGAUGUCUUUGCCGCCCAGCCCACCCGACGGUUCAUCCACGCAUUCGCUGUCUGUGGGACCAAGAUGGAGGCAUGGAUGUUCGACCGCUCGGGCCCCUACAGCUCAGGUGUCAUUGACAUCUACAAGGACUCAAGACGGUUCUUUCAGAUGCUUGUGGGUUACACCAUGAUGAGUGACGAGGAGCUGGGACUGGACACUUUUAUUGCCAGGGAUGAAGGCAGCAGCAAGUUGAUAACUGUCAGAGGGCGGCCUGGGACUUCAGAGGAAACAGUGCUGCGGCUGGGUGAAAUGCUUUCCUUUCAACAUGCCAUUGUGUGUCGCGGGACCACAUGUUUUCUCGCAGAUGAUGGACAAGUGAAGGGUGUAGCCAAGUUCUCAUGGGUAUCAGACAAGCGGCGCCCAGAGGUGGAGCUCCUUGAGCUAGCAGGUCAAAAAAAUGUCCAAGGGGUUGCAAGGAUUAUUGGCCACAGUACCAUCACCAGCAUCGCUGACAUGCGCUGUGGCCUGACCUUUGACAACAAGCGCCACAACUUCAAAAGCACAACUCCAAGCACAGCCUCCUCAUUUCAUCAAUCUCAGCCGCUCACCGAGCCCGAUCACUUGGAUAUCCAUCAAAAAUCAUCUUCCAGGAAACACAGAUCUCCAGACAAGGGGAUGCAGGCGUCCAAACAAUCGCGUUCCAUCAAUCAGCUGUCAAGAGCCACUCAGCAGGAUAAUGAACUAGCUUUCUCUAUUCAGUCAGUGCAUGAGCCAAGCCUCUUCAACAGGAAUGGAGAGGAACCCUAUGACAACCGUGUCCUCCACUGUCUUGUGAUAUCACCCGCUGGCCGGCCGAUCUACAAGUACAGAUCACCCUUGGAGCUACUCAUGGCACUUCGUGAUGCUAUAAAGGCGCACCGGUCUCUUUAUCUGGAUGGGAACAUCCUUCAUCGGGAUAUUUCUGAGAACAAUAUAAUAAUAAUCAAUCCAGAUAAGGCGGAUGGUCACUCAGGCAUGCUAAUUGAUCUAGAUCUUGCCAAAGAAGUUGGGAGCGCGCGAAGCGGCGCACGGCACCAGACAGGCACAAUGGAGUUCAUGGCAAUUGAGGUGCUGCUUAAUAUUGACCAUACCUAUCGGCAUGAUCUUGAGUCAUUCUUCUACGUGCUUAUCUGGCAAUGUGCCCAUCACGGUUGGGAGUUAAAACCACCACAAACAUCUCAUCAACUUCAAGAAAAGUCCGGAUUUAGUAUGCUCAAGAAAUGGUACACCGGCAACUACGAGGAAAUUGCAACUUAUAAACGAGGCAACAUGGAAGCUGGCGGCUUUGAGCGCAUCCUGAUGAAAGAAUUUCCUCCAUGGUUUGACUGGGUCAAACCACUCUGCAGAAACAUACGGCGCAUACUAUUUCCUCAUGGAGUGGAAGGACUUAUAGUUGGAACACCGCAAGACCCAAAAAGGCUAUAUGAUCCUAUUAUCAAGGCGUAUGAUGAUGCGAUAGCUCUGAUUGAAACCGAAUAUGAAUAAGUAUCAUUUAUAUUAGUUAGCCCGCUGAAUGCAUACCAAAUUAGUCUACAUAACUAGGUUAUUUUACAACUCAAGGCAACAAUGAUUUGAGCCCAGUUUUGUUGCAAACCUCAAAUCAUUCGAAAGUCGUGGUGGAGUAUAGUAUUGUGUAAUGAAAUCAGUCAAUUUGGUAUAGCCCAGAGGAGGGGGUUUAUAUAGUUCAGAAAGGGGCAAUGUUGCGCUAAAUCCGAUCAGGAUGGCGCUAAACCAUGUAAGGUAAUUCCCCAUGGUAUACCUAGGUACUAUCGCAUGCGGCACACGGAUGGUAAUUACGAGUGCCUUAAUUACCUUUCAGCCCGGCUAAAAACCAAUACUACUACUAAUAAGACAAUAAUCCGAA